AUGACCAGAAUACAUUCAAAGUUCGACUCUCUAGCAUCGCGUCUCGUAGAAUCCAAUGAUUCCCGGGAGGGAGAUGAAGAAGACGACGAUGCUAUCUUUGCAGAACUUGAAGCAGAGAUAGAGAACGACGCUGAUGCAGCAGUGCGAGAUCGGGGCUUAGAACAGCUCAAGCUCGAAAUGCAAAGAGCUAAAGAAAUGAGAGAAAAUGCCCAUGGGAGAUACACGGAGAUCACGAACGAGAAAGAGGCUAUCCGGAUAAGUGCGAAUGAGCCACACUGCGUAAUUCACUUUUACCAUAGUAAUUUCAGGAGAUGCGAGAUCAUGGACAAGCACCUUGCAAAACUCGCGCCGAAAUACUAUGCUACGCGUUUUAUUCGUGUCUUCGUGGAGAAUAUGCCAUGGCUGGUUGAGAAGCUUGCUAUUAAAGUUCUUCCAUGCCUGAUGUGCUUCAUCGACGGGGUCUCAAAAGACCGUCUUAUUGGGUUUGAAGAACUCGGGAAUAAUGACGCAUUUGAGACUGCGGUACUCGAGCUCAGGCUUGCGAACAGCGGUAGUGAUCUUCUCUAUACCUCGUCACCUAUAUCUAAUCGUCCGUCGACAGGUGUCCUUCAAAAAGCGCGAAAUGCUUAUGAAUCCGGUGUCACAUACAACAUCUCGUCAUCUUCAAACACAACGAGAUUACGAAGAGGUGGACAAACAGAUCAAGAUGAUGACGAGUUUGAUUUAUGA